AAAUUUAAUUAAAUAGUAUUAUCACGAAAUUUUUACAUUUUUAAUUACUUUAAAUGCAUUCAUUUUUUAUAAUUUUAUUUUUAUUUAUAAUUCGAAGAGGAACCGAGUCGACGGAGUCGACCCUGCGUUACCUGCGUAACACAAGCGUAUAUGUUCAAUAGUUCACAAUAAUUGCGUUGCAGUUGGUUGCAGUCGUAUGGCGUUGUUCGUAUUGGUUCGUAUUGUGUUUGUGACGAAACAAAUUGACGGCGCGGUGCAAUUAAUGCCAUUCAACAAUUGAAGAAAAGCUUCGAUCAUGUCAUACCCGGCAACAAUGUUCGGGGAAGCUGAUCCUCAAGCUCAAGUAAAUCCAGAAGUGCAACAGUGGUUUGCUGCAGUUGAUAGAGAUGGUAGUGGAAAAAUUAGUGCUACAGAAUUAAAAGCUGCAUUAGCAAAUGGUCAAGGAGGCACAUUUUCAGAUACUGCUUGCAAUUUAAUGAUCGGCAUGUUUGAUAAAGAAAAGCGUGGUACAAUAGAUUUGUUUGAGUUUCAAGCUCUUUAUAAUUACAUUAAUGCAUGGUUGGGUGUCUUUCGUGGAUUUGAUCAUGAUAACUCUGGAAGUAUACAAGAAAAUGAAUUGGGUGCAGCUUUAACACAAAUGGGAUAUAGAUUAAACCCAGACUUUAUAUCAUUUCUCAUUAAAAAAAGUGAUCCUGUAGGUCAUUCUUCUAUAACUGUUGAUCAGUUUAUUGUAUUAUGUGUUCAAAUUCAAAGGUUUACAGAUGCCUUUCGAGUACGGGACACAGAACAAGCAGGAAAAAUUACUAUUGGAUUUGAAGAUUUUUUGGGUGUUGCACUUAACUGUAGCGUAUAAUACUUGCUUUUCUGAACUGUUAUUGAUUUUAUUAAAUUUAACUUCGCUUGUGUGAGGUCCAUUUCUUCAGGAUUAAAAAUCAACUGCAAUUUUAAUCCAUUUAAUAAAAGGCAGUUAUCUAUUUUUCUGGGAGUAGAUAUAAAUAAGUAUAAGCUUCUAUUUUUAACAAAUAUAGUAGUAGCAGAAUGGCUAUUUUAUUUAGGAAUUAAAUUAAACAUUCAUUUUAGAUGCAGUUUAAAUUGCACAAAAUUGGAAACGAAAGUUUUCUAAUUUAUUUAUUUGUUCAAUGUAGAUUUAUUGUAUUUUAAAAAUAGAAAUUCUUUUAAAUUAGUAAUACUCUAAUAUUAUGUAAAGUAUUUUAGAAAUUUGUUACAGCUUUGUUGUAAAAUAUUGUAAUUUCAAUAACAAAAAAUAUUAACGAAA